CUCUGUGCUUGUGGUGCGUCGCGUCUGGAUUUUGCUUCACAAACACGGGUCGUUUUGUAGUAUGCCACCCCAUUGUAAAACCAGGGACCCUUUAGAAUGAAAAUCGCCUCAUCUCGACGAGAUGUUGCUUUUGCUUCAAGCUGCAGAAUCAAUCGCUUCCAAUGACUACAGCUAUAAAGUUAACGAUGAUGAAGAGGACAGCGGAGCUCAGAGAAGUUAUCGCAAAAAGAAGAAAAUUAAUAAGGGUCGAUGGACGAAGGACGAGGAUGACAAACUGAAAGACCUUGCUGGUGAAUAUGGGCCAAGUAAUUGGAAAGAUCUGGCAAAUAAAUUUCCUGAUCGCACUGAUACACAGUGCCAGCAGAGAUGGCAAAAAGUUCUUAACCCUGAGCUAAUUAAGGGUCCAUGGACAAAAGAGGAGGACGAGAAAGUAGUUGAACUGGUUGCUAAGUAUGGUCCAAAGAAAUGGUCUCUUAUUGCGCAACACCUGAAUGGGAGAAUUGGAAAACAGUGUAGAGAAAGAUGGCAUAACCACCUCAACCCUCACAUCAAGAAAUCAGCCUGGACAGAAGAAGAAGACAGGAUGAUAUAUGAAGCACAUAAGAAACUGGGCAAUAAAUGGGCUGAAAUUGCCAAAGUCAUUCCUGGAAGAACUGAUAAUGCCAUCAAGAAUCACUGGAAUUCUACCAUGAGACGGCGAGUUGAAUCGUUUGGUUUUGAUCACUAUAAAAAGAACAGAUAUAGUGCGGAAAAACCUAGGCAUGGAAGACCUUUGUCAGCCAAGAAAGAGAGAAGAAAACAUGAAGUUACUUACCGAGACACAGAACUGCAGCAAAACUUAAACAACCUUCCUGUUGGCAUGUCAGUUGCAUCAUCAACUACAGUGGUUGUUGAACAUGGACAUGCUACAAGAGAUGUGUUGCAAGUUGGUCUUAAAAACUCAACAGAUCCCUUAACAAACAUCAGACCCAAACAGUCUGUAAACCAAACUGGUCAUAAAAAUAAGGGAAGUGAGCAACACCCUGGGAUUGUUUCUCCAUUUAGCAGCUUUAUAUUGUCGCAGAGUUUAUUGGACUCAGAUCCUUCAACAUGGGGUGACCUAAGCACCUUUGAAAAUGGUGGAGGAAUGGUGAAGAGCAAUACCAUCACCAAACUGACAUCACCUGGUGCAAGAGGGUACAGAUUUGAUGGAAAUACGAUUGAUGGAAUCAACUCAGAUGGGUCACUGAUUCCAAUCACUUCACCAGUGUUACAGUCGCGAUUCAGCACACCACCUACCAUUCUAAGAAGAGGAAAAAAGAGAAAGGCUUCAGACUUGAAUGAAUCAACAGCCAGUUCCACAGUUACCAAUGUCACUUCUUCACAAGAAUGCAUUUUUAGCAGCCCAAAGGGUUGCACCCCAAUAAAGUCCUUGCCAUUUUCACCAUCACAGUUCCUGAAUUCCCCUAACUCUAACAAAAUCAUCACAUCGACACCAACUGAGCAGAAGGCAAUGCCAGUCUCUACUACCACCACUCUUAAUACACCAGUUGUAAGUGACACAAACAAUAAUGACGAGAAUUACCGUACACCAAGAGUAAGAAGAUCGUGGCUGCAUAUGUCUCCCAGGACACCAACUCCUUUCAAAAAUGCAUUGAAAAUCCUCAAUGAAACAAAGAUGGCACAUACCCCGGCCCAUUUUGAUGAAGAUUUCAGUGAAAUAAUCAAGAAGGAAGCUGAGGAAAGUGGAGUUUCAAUAACAUGUUCAGCCAGCAAGGAACCAGUAACUAAAGCACGCAUGUCUCUCUGCAAGAGAAUAGAAGAUGAAAAUGUGGAUCUUGUUAUACCAGCACUGUUCAGUAUUAGAGAGGAACUUUCUUCUGUGGAUGAAGACAGUACAACAAAUGUUACAAACACUAUGUCUGGCAAAACAGACAUCAUGGAUGACUCGGGCAUUGCACAAACAUCUCUGCUUAUGUCUCCAACACAAGAUCCUACAAUUGUCAAGCCAAGUGAAGUCUUCUGCAAACAAAACCCUUUUGUGACACCCAGCACCAACCUUAACAGUGAUAUGUUGAAGAAAAAGAAGAACAAUCCAAUGAGACCUCUACAGUUCCAAGAAACUCCAAGAAAAUGUCAAGUAGGGAUGGACACAACAUGGGAACAAGUAGCUUGUGGAAAGACUCCAGACCAGCAGUUUGUCACAGAACAAGCUAAGAAUUUUAUUGCAAGCUACAGAACAGCAGCAAGGACUUUACAAUUCAGUGCUCCUACUGUGGCUUAAGUUAAAGUUUUAAAUGUUUACUGCACUUUAGUUAAGUGCCCAUGGUUUGGUAAAUUUAUAUAAUAUGUAAUUAUGGGAAGGGUUUGGCAUGUAUAGCUUUUCAAAAAAGUUCAAAAUCAUUUACUAAGUUAAUCAAAAGUACUGAGAAAUAUUUGUAAUGAAAUAAGUAUGAUUCAAUUUAUAGAAAAUAAUUUAUAAGCAAAAUCAAAAAAAUUGAGUUAGGAGAGAUGAAUGUGUAUGGAUAGGGGAUUUGAGGCCUCUUAUUUGAAGAAUAGUUUGAGAUAUAGUGUUUUAACAGAGCUUUUUAACCAAGUGUUGUAGAAAAUAAGAUAUGUGACCUCCCAAGGGGAUGAUAACAGAAAAGAAAUAUCUUUAUGGGGCUAUAAAAAUAUGCAUUUUCAAGAAGGGAGUUAGAUGUGCAGAGAGGAAAAUAGCCACAAUACUGAUGAUAUUCUAGCACUUUAAUGAUGGUCUGAAUGCAGGGUAGAUAUGUACAUGUAUGUGUGUGUAUGAAUGGUAUAGUGUGAGUAAGAGAAGAGUAUUAUCAAUGGCAAAAUCAAUUAAAAUCUUAUCGAAGCAUUUCUUAUCAA